GGCGGCGUUGCUAAGCAACCGCACAGUUUGGCUAACACUAGACCAGCAGGACUCCUACACUCCCCGCCUCGGAGUAGCUUGGAAAGCCAGAUAGCGCCAAGGGCAUGUCGUCAGAGAUGCUGGUGCGGUUCGGAAGGCGCUCUGGACAGGCGAAGGAAAACACAGAAAUAAAGAACUCUGAAGAAGAUCAAGUCCUCUAUCCACCUCUUCUACCUAGCAAGGUCGAUCUCCGGCAGGUUACCAUAAUUCCACACAAUGAGUGGAAAAGGAUUCGAGAUAGCCUUGACAGUUUGACAAGAGAAGCAGCAUGCCUUCGUACAGAAAGAAAGGCAAAGAAAGAAAUGCAUUUCCGAUCCCAAGAAGUGGUAAAACAUUGGACUAAUACAUACGCAGGGAUGAAAGAACAGAAACUUGAAGCCAAAAAGAAGCGUGAUGAAGAAAUAGAGGCAGAAAGACAAAAUCUUGAUGUGGAGGAAGCAAUAUACAAACAAGGAGAAAGGAAAAAGGCUAUUGAAUAUGCAAAGCAAUAUCAAUUUUACCAGACAGAAAGAGUGAAAAAGUUUCAUUCAGGACUUCUUCUUAGUAGAGUUAUGAAAGAACGUGAUGCACAGAUUGAAUCCCAAAAGAAUAAAAUAAAAUCAGAUAAAAAAUGGGAAGAACAAUUAAAACUCAACAUUGAAAAAGCUUUUAAAGAAGAACAAGAAAAAGCAGAAAAACGACGCAGAGAUAGAGUGGCUCUUGCCAAUGAUCAUUUAAAACAAAUAAAGGAACAUGAAGAGGAAGAAGAAAGAAGGAGAAAACAUGAAGAAAAGGAUGCAGAGGAAAUAAGGCGACAGAAUUCAUUACAUGAAAUAGAAAUGAGGAAAAAACUAGAAAAGAGAAAAGAAGAGAUAAAUGAAAGCAGAAGGCUGUUUUUUGAACAUGUGAAUGAUAAAAAUAUCAUCAAGGCUGUGGAACAGCAGCAGCAAGAGGAGGAGGAUGAAAAGAUCAGAAAAUUUAUCAAAGCAAAAAAGCGUCUUAUGCAAAUAGGGAAAGAAAAAGAAGCUGAAACACACAGGCUAAUGGAAGAAAGGAGAGAAAGAAUAAAUAACUUCCUGAGUGAACUAAUGAAAGAGAAACUCGACAAUGAAGAUUUGAUUAUUGCUAGACAUACUGCAGAAGCUGAGGCUGAACGGGAAAAAAGAGAAAGAGAAAAAUAUGAAAAAAACAAGGCAGAAUUAAAAGCGAUUGAAGAACAUAGAGCUGUUGUGAUGAAAAAUAAAGAGGAAGAAGAAAGGCAGAGAAAACUAGAGGCUAAAAAACAAUUGCUGGCUAUCAUGAAAGCAGAUCAGAUUUUCCAGGAGCAUGAAAAGGAGAAAAAACGCAAAGCUGAUAAGGAACAUCAAAAAGUUCGAGAUGCUCAUAUUCAGCAAAUGGCCAAAAAUAAAUUUAAUGCAAAGCAAGAAAAACAAGCAGAAUUAGAGCAUUGCAGACUUACUGAAGCUCUUAUGGCUGAAAAGGAGAAGGAAUUUCAGGAUUAUGCCAGAGAAGUAAUUGAACUUGAGUCGGAAUCAAAUAAAUAUAUUUAUCCUCUUGUAAAAGCUGUACAGGAAGGACAUGGAGGUGGCCAUGGACCUGUUUUUGUGGACAGAGGUGGAAUAAGACCCAGUUAUCAGGCAAAUGAUGUCACUGGAGUCCAGCUCCCUUUUUGUAACUCUCAGGGACCAAAAUAUAAUUUUCAAAAGUCUAAGGGAAGGCUAGGUUUUACAUGGUAGGAAAAGGUUUAUUUUUGAUUGAGAAUAUUAAGGUGUAACUAAUAUGAGCUACAAAUAAAUGAAUUUUAUGCUUAUGAUUUGUUAAUAAAGCUGCUCAUCUAAGUGCAAUUAUGUCUAAUUGAUUAACUACCAAAGUUUAAUCCAAAUCCCUUUAAUACACAUGACAACAUGUGUAAUUUUAGCCUUUAAAAAAUAUGUACUCAGGGGCAUUAAGUAUAUUCAUAAUAUUGUGUAAUCAUUACCAUUAUCUAGUUCCAGGACAAUUAUUUCAUUGCUCCAACUGCAAAAUCUAUACGUAAGCAGUCACUUCCCAUUCCCUCUCCUUCUCCCUAGCUUCUGGCAACCACUGAUCUGGUUGGUCUCUAUGGAUUUGCCUAUUUUGGGAUAUUUUAUAUAAAUGGAAUCACAUUGUGGCCUUUUGUGUCCAGCCUAUUUCAUUUAGCUAUUUUCAGGUUUUGUCCAUGUUGUACCAUUAUCAGUACUUUGUUCCUUUUUUAUAAUUGAAUUAUAUUCCAUUGGAAAUAUUUUUCUCUUCAGCAGAAAUUUAUGUAUUUAUGCUUCAAUACAUAAUUUUUAGUUUCAAAAAACACUACCGUUAUUACUAACACCAUGAUUAUGGAGUUUGAUUCCUUUGUGGUUUAUUUUAUAGAGUAUCUUGCUAGACAUGUGCAAAUUACUGUUUUCAAGUUACCUGACAUAAUUCUUCUGUAAGUAGUAUUAACUACUUAUGAGCAGUAUUAACAUAUUAUGAGCAAUUUGAUACACAGGUGACUGUGAGGAUGAUGGCAUCCAAUCUGACUGGAAGUCUUGAAUUGUAGAAUAAGUUUCACACAUCCCAUCGGUAAACUGUGCUUGAGUGAAAUACAAAUGAUUUUCCUUUUUCACAUGGAUACUAAAUUAGUAUUUCUUUUGGCCUAGGGUUGCCACCACGUUAAAAUUACCCAGAUGCUAAGGCCCAAUGAACUAAUAGUCUGGAAACCUCUGCCAUGUAUCUUUUUUUUUUAAUUCCGUAUUAGAGAGUACUGUACAUUAUUUAGGGGUGAUUAUUAGUUUUGGAUGAAACUCACUUCACAUUAUAAAACAGAGAACAUGUUUCUACAAAAUGGUUAAUUUCAUAAGUGUUUUAUAAUCAACUUGAGUGAAGAACACAGAACACCAAAGACAUUACUAGUUUUUUUCCUUACAUAUACAGUUUGUUUUAUUAUUUUUAAUUUUUUUUAACAUUUAUUUAUUUUUGAGAGAGGGAGAGACAGAGCAUGAAUGGGGGAGGGUCAGAGAGAGAGGGAGACACAGAAUCUGAAACAGGCUCCAGGCUCCGAGCUGCCAGCACAGAGCCCGACGCGGGGCUCGAACUCACGGACCGCGAGAUCAUGCCCUGAGCUGAAGUCGGACGCUCAACCGACUGAGCCACCCAGGCACCCCGAUUGUUUUACUUUCAAUUGGGCUGGGCUUUCUACUAGAGUUAAGCACAUUAAAAACAAAAGCGCUAUGCAAACUUUUAAAAUUAAUCACAAAACAACUAAGUGAAAAUAACUGAGUUGUAAAGCACUCCAAGCAGUGGAAACACAACUGUUGUAACCUGCCAAUUUGAUAAAUCCAUAGCUAGGGGAGCCUGGGUGGCUCAGUUAAGCAUCCAACUCUUGAUUUCCACUCAGGUCAUGAUCUCAAGGUUUGUGGGAUUGAGCCCUGCAUUGGUCUUUGCACUGACAGCAUGGAGCCUGCUUGGGAUUCUUUCUCACCCUCUCUCUCUGCCCCUCCCACACUCAUAUUCUCUCUCUCUCUCUCAAAAUAAAUAAACUUAAAAAAAAAAAGAAAAAGAAAUCCAUAGCUAAAAUGUGGGGCUAAGAAAUUUGGGUAUGGGGGUAGGAGGUAUAAAAACUAUGAAUCAGUGCUUAAAAAUAAAAAGUAAAUACAGUAUUAGGUUGGGAAAUAUGUUUAAGAAGGAAACCUAGAGAGCAAUGAAAAUAGGAAAAGCAAAUUGAUACUAAAAGUAUUUUAAUACACAAUUAAUUUACACAGUCCAUAUGAAGCACUCACAUUUUUACAUAUUCUCCUGGCUAAAUAAAGCAUUUAAAAGCACUCCAGAAUUUGAGAAUUUAAUAUCACCUGUUAACACAUACAAACCACUGAAUGGUCAGAACAUUUUUAUCUAACCAUAUAUAUUUUCAGUGACUUUCAAGUUGGUGCAUUUCCCCUAAAUAUAUCUAAUUUAAAUAAAAAUGAAACUAAACAAGAAACCAAAAACUAGACAAUUUGUUUUACGAGUCAAUUAACAUCUAUAUGGCUUUACAAUGUUAAGUGUUAUAUUAAAACUGGCAGGCACAGGAUAUAAUACAGUGUUCCCAAUGCUGAGAAAUUUGGAGGAAUUAAAAAGCAAAUGGUAGCAUUCCAGUAGAUAGUAAUACAAAUUUCAAAUCUAACCUUAAGUUUGCUGAGGCAAAAGACACAUUGCAAUCUGAAGCAUUAUGAUUGAACAUUUACACUAGAAUUUAUCUCCAAACCUUCUGGAAGUCAUCACUGCUGAUUAAAUUCUUAAAGAAGUUCAGUAUUGUGAAACUCUUUGCUCAGUUUUUCCUAAUACAAAUUCUAUAUCCCCAUGGGUAAAAUAAAAGUAUUUUUUAGUUGAUUUAUCUUCAUUAUUUACUUUUAAUAAAAAUAAAGGUUGAAUAACUAAUACAACAGUAAUUUUAAAAAUACAAAACAAACUGUUAUAGUUUAUUUAAUACAAUGUUUAACUAUAAAAGUUGAUAGUUUCAGAGUUUAAAUUCUGUAAAAUGCAGUUUGCAGAAAACAGUUUUAACAGUUACUAGACUAAUGAUAAGAGAAGCAGCAUUUUGAAACUAAUUAUACAAUGUGACAACAGCUUUAUUCCUAAAUUUCAUUAAAAAAAUAUACAUCACAGUGACUUCUGAGCUAGGAAAAGAAGUGCAUUAACUUCAUUUAAGUUUUUCCCUUCCACAAAGAGAGCAGCCACAACUUUUAACAUCUCCACAUACAAAUACCCAAUUCGUUUAUCAAUCCUUCAAAGUACUAGAAACACACAAAAGAGAAACAAAAUAUACAGCAUAGGCUUUUGGUAACACAGGAAUUUGCUUUAAAAAAAAAAAAAAGCAGAAACACAAAUUAAUCCCACCACUUCCUCCUACACCUAAAAACAACACCCCUCAACAACUCCCUUCUCCAACCCUGCUGGUUUUUAAUUUAUGUGAUUUUUCAGUAUUUACAUCUUGUGUCACACCACAGGCCAGAAUUUGCAUUUGUCUGAAUCCUUUCAAGGCAGUUGGGAAACCCACUAUGGGCAGGUGUCAGCCAAUGCAGUACUUCCUGGAGUUUAUUACUUUUUAAAACAAGUAUUUGUAACAAAACAUAUCUUUUCACAAUAAGGUUAUAAAUCUACAAUCCUUGGAGAGUUUACUCAACUGUAAAUGUAUGAAUACUAAAUUGAAUAAUUACAGUACACAUGACCAAAAGGAGACAGAAAAAUACCCAUUUUAUGUUUCUUUAUAACAACCAACUGUAUAUGGUAUAUAUUUAAAGUACCUUCCAGUGAAGGUAAAGGGAACAAGUUUCUGUAGAAAUUUACUAUAAAAGGUUCAAAGUGUGAUGAAAAAACCCUGCCACCUGGAGUAAAGCACAAUGAGCUACUAAAAAAAUUAAAAAAGAAAAAAAACUUGUUCCAUAUACCAACUUGAAAACAAAUCAGAAUUGUCCAUUAAUAUCACUACUCAAAAUACUGGAAACCCAAUGUGUUCCUGUCCAUAAUAUUAAGAAAUAUUUACUUCUCAGUUUAAUAUCUUUCACUGGGUACAAGAAUCAAAGGCCAUUCAGCAAAGCCAAUAUGAAUCAGUAUCACACUUGUGCAAAGACAGAUUUAGCAAAUUUUUUGAAAUUUCUGUGAAGGCUUUGAUUAAGAAAUUCUAUUAGAACGUACAAUAAUACUCUAUGAACUCAUUAACUGUAGAGUAAUUUAAAAAUAUUUUAAUGCAACCCAGUAGAUUCUUUACAUUAACAUUAAUCUCUCUGUAGUGUCAAUUUCUGUGGCAGAUGGUUAACCCAAAAUAGAAUGAUAUAAUCAUAAAAACAAUUCUCAGAUAUCGCCAAACAAUAAAAUAAACCAAUUAAAUAUCUUUAGCGAAUAUGAAGUUAAAGACAGUUGGAGGUAAAUCAUAAGCUCAGACAUAACUAUAAAAUCAAUCUGACAGGAAAGAAAGAGCCGGCUUUCAGGAAGGAGUAUAUUCAAAGUAAAAGCUAAAGGUGCCACAACUAUUAAAAAUGUAAUGAAAGGACUGUUUGAGCUAUGUGCUAUUCAGAUGCAAAGGCAGACUUGAGGUACAGUUAACGCUGUUUAAUUAUUUUCUAAAUAUUUUUUAUAUUCAGAAAAUAAAAUCUGAUUGUCAUCUCUCAUCUCAAUUUCUUUACCGUUAUCUAUUCUACUGUAAAAACAGUUUUUAAACGUCUAUCGAUCUUAGCACAGAGUUGCUCUUUUGAUAAUCAGGAGAAUAUUACUUUCAGAAAUUUGAAUUCUUCCCCUUAUGGUUACUGGUCUGUAAUUUUUAGUAGAUAAAGCUCUGGAAUCAGACAACAUUAAGUAUUUUUACUUAGCAUGGGUUUAUUGUUGUUAUUAGAAAUCCUUUCUUAAAUAGCACCACCUUUCUUGAAGCUCAAAUAGUUUAUAACAAAUUUUAAAAAUGCAACUUACUGAAUUUUAAGAUAACUAGUUUAAAAUAUGUAACAGAUUAUAUAGCUUGGAACUCAAGAUUAAAUCAUCCCUAACUAAGGUAGGGUUUGUGGUCUAAGUCUCUAAGGAAUCAAUCACCCCAGAUUAUCAUAAAUAUCUAUUACCAUUAUCAUCAGGAAAAUAAAUUUAAAAGGACUCCACUGUGGAAAUUUGCUUCAAGAUAGUCCAAACAAUUUUAUAAUCAUUACCUACUAUUCUUUAUACAAACAGCUACCACAAUGCCAAAUGUGUCAUUACUGUAUUAAUCAAUACGGAAAGUAUUAUGUUAAGCACUGUUUUGCUCAGUACAAACAGCACUGAGUUAGUUACUGGGUUUUCCAAGAAGCUACCUUGGUUAAGAGGUGACACUACAUUGACAAAUAUUAAAGUACAAAACACUCUAAAGGCUACUAUUAAUUGGAAUUCUGAAAUUUCUUCUCAAAUGAGGCAGGUUUUGUGUUUGCUGGAUGUUCAAUAUUUUAUUUAGAAGAGAAAAUACAGGAAAAAAGGCCACACAUCACAAAAAUAGCAAUAUACAACACACAAAAAUUCUAAAUGGACUUUGGGUAUCUUUAUUGUUUAACUCUGUAAGCUAUCAAAUUUUGCAACUUUCUACUCUACUCUAUGUGGCAAUGUUACACAUGCCAAGCUAAAAUAAUGUUAACAAUAAUGGUACAAAGCCAUCUGAAUAGAAAGAAACCAGAGUCAUAAACAUGCUAUACCCUAUUGUGAUACAUAUAUAGAAAAGAUGCAUUUUCUUGCCAUUUGAAACUCACAGCUAUGAGAUUUAGAGAAGCCAGCUCAAGUUAAAAAAACAAAACCAAAACAACAACCAUGCAGAGCUAUCACUCAACUCUAUAUAGAUCAGUGGCCAAAAGAGAAAUCUUGGAAGUUAAUAUGUCAAUACUAACAAUUUUUAGAAUCUGUCUAACUUAAAAGACCUGCACAAGUGGUAUAUUUUAGUGAGUAAAGUAUCCUCAUUUUAGAGAAGGGUAAUGAUAAUAAAAAUAAAAGUGUUCCCCAAAGCAAAAGUUUCAUCUCUUCAGAUCAAAAGCAACAUACAACUGAGAAUUACAAUCUCAUCUUCUAAGGUAAGUUCUUGUCAAAUGCUGUAUAACAGCAAGUCAAACUCAAUCAGUACAUCAACUGAAAAAAAGUACUCAACUAUUUUUGUAGACAGUUCAGUAAAACAAAACUUGGUAGGAAAAAUAUUAGUAUGAAUCAAGCUAUGAAUGAAAUUAAAAAGAACAUAGGAAGUGCAAUAUAAAUAUUUUAAAGCACAAAUCACUAAAAAAUCCAAAGUGAUGACUUAAGGUCUCAAGUUAUUAGGAUCCUACUUUUCUGUGUAAUUAAAAGCUGUUGUGCUGCUGCAAGCCUCUAUUACAAAUGUAGUCAGAAAAUCUACACAAGAUUUCUUCUAUCUAGUGGCUUCUAAAGUUACUUUAAACAUGAGAAACACAAGCUUAUGUAACAAUGUAUUCCAACAAUCAGUUACCCUUGUUUUGAACUGGCUGAUCACACAAACUGGGAUGUAGAAAAGCGUAUUUGCUAUUAUUGGCUGAUUGUUGCAACACAAAAAUGCAUACAUGAAAUAGUUAAACACAGCACACAGUAUUACACCAAAAUGUUUUUCUCAUUUCAAGUUUAUUAAAACUUUAGCAGUACAAAUUAUCCAGGUUGCAGAUUAUCAAAAGAUCAACUCAAUAAAGUCCACAUUAAAAAAAAAAAAAAAGACAAACAUAAAA